GCCAUAUUUACAGGAUGGUCAUUACUUGUUGUUAUCAGUUAAUGACUUAGAUAAGUCUAUUCUUUUACAAUAGAUUGUGGAUCAAGAUCGAAAAGAAAUGCAUUUGUUUACAGCAAUACUUGUUCCGGCGAUGUUUAUGGCAAACAUCCAUUCAUCAAAUUGUCUAACCUUUGUAAGGAGACCUCCAAGUCGACUGGUGUUUGUGUUGGGUAAAAACACUACAAACGUCUCCAUGAAAUGGUUGCUAAAUUUGACACAUGAGGAAGUUUUCUCCAGCAUAAAGUUAGUCAGGCUGGAAUCUCUCGACACAUCUAAAGAAGCAGUACUGUAUCUUUAUAAUGUUUUAAAACCCAAUCAGAUCACUAUCAAUACCAAUCUAUACAGCGCCAGUAGAGACAUCAAAAGUGGACCAUCUUCGUUCAACUUUACUAUCAAGGACAUGGCAAACCAAAUCAACAAUGAUGGUGGAAGCCUUUAUAACCCACUGUCCAAAGAUUACCUGUACAGACUGAUUAUCAAAGUGGUUACUACAGACGAUGUAUUAYAUACAAGUGAUUCCAAAUUGUUUUUUUUCGGUCCACCUGGCAGUCCUACUCUUCAAGUUGAAAAGACAACAUCUUGUCUCAAUGAAACUGUUAAUAUAACCUGUACUGCAAAAGCUGGUAAUCCACCAAACACCACUGUAGUAUUUUACAAGAAUAAUGAAAAAAUCAGAGAAGUGAAGAAUUUAGAAGCAAAAGCAAUGGUUACCAUCAAUCUGGACAAAGCAGGAAUAGAGACAUUCACUUGUCAAGCUGAAAACAUUGUUGGACCAUCUCAAAACAGUUCUCUGUUAAAUCUUACAGUAAAAGAUCCUCCAACCAUUACUCAGUGUAAAAACCAAACAUCAACUGAAGGUGAUGCCUUGUCUUGGACUUGUCAUGCUAGUGGCAGCCAGCCACUGAACACUUCAUGGGUUAAAAGAAACGAAAACACCAUUGUCUCAACUAACAAAACAUACAACAUAUCCUCUGUCAGCAGAAGUGAAGCUGGGAUGUACAGAGUGUCUGUCAGUAAUGGAGAUGAAUGUCCUACUGCUAGUAGAACAGUAUAUCUAACUGUACAAUAUAAACCAGAACAGAUCUCAGUUGUCAACUCAGAGAGUGGUUUCUUGUAUGUCAAUAAAGGACAACCAGUCAACAUCACAUGUACUGCCACUGGAAACCCAAAGCCUGAUUAUGUCUGGAUUUUCAAAGGCAAACAGCUACAUAGUUCAAUCAAUAAUACCAUUAUUAUCAGUAAUGCUACCUUAAAUGAUGCUGGGAUGUACACAUGUACUGCCAUCAAUUCUAUUGGGAGAGAAAGUAUCAAUGUCACAUUGCAAGUUAACUACCUAAUGGAUGCUAGUUGUGGGCCUAAAAUUCACACUGUCAACGAUGGUGAUAAUGUAGCCCUAAACUGUUCAGCAAUCGGUAUUCCAGCGGUAAAUUAUACAUGGACUGUAAAUAAAAAAGUGUCUCAAGGACCAACGACCACUUUUGUAGCAACCAGAAGUCUUAACGGUUCCAUGGUAACAUGUACUGCUAUGAAUUCUUUUGGAAACAAGAAAUGUUCCAAAACACUUAUAGUGUAUUGUAAGUAUAUAUUGACUAAUUGCCAGCUUUCAUAUCCGAGCAUGGGGCUGGGUUCUACACCUAUUGUGUAUGUUAUUGCCUGGAGUUAUCGUUCAAAGUGUAAACAGUGCGUUUCUGGAAUAAACUAUUGCUUGAGAGAAGGAAAUGAACCAAUUUGCACAGUUUUAAGCUAGAACUAUUAUCUGAGCACGCUCUUUGCAAAAUGCGGGUUACGUUUGGGGUUACAUCAAUGAUCCCUUGCCUCAUGGGAUCAAAAACUAGUCUGUGACAGCUGGAGACUAGUUAGCAUGCUUGUUUGUCUCAUUUCCUUAUAAAAUGUGUUAUGUAAAAUUGCUCUACUAAGAAAUAUUGCAUUUCCCAGCUGAAAAAAAA